CCAAGAGAAGGAUUUGGACCUGUGAUUUUUUCAACAACAGCACCUACUAUACAGGAAAUGACUUUUCGAAAAAGGAGGAGUUUCACAGUGGUUGGCUGCUUAAAAAAAACAAUCCCCCUGGUUAUUUCCCCAACCUCAUUAUAAAUAAAAAUUCAGAAGAAAGAAAAGAAAAUGAUACAUGUGGCAUGGCACUGUAUGCCCUGACUUCUCAAAUCCUCGCUGAGAUAAGCAGCCACUGCCUCUUAGGCUGUUACUGUUUGUUUCACAAUGACAGCUAGAAACUUGGCUCUUUUUUUUUAGCAACAAAACAAGCCAAAUCUCCCGGAUCUGCCAGAGGCCGCCGGUUCCACACGCACGCACGCACACACACACACGGCGUGCAACGCUCAAGGUCGGAUCCAGCAUCUCUCCGUCCCCCUGGGUCUCUUCGCACAAGGCUCUGGAAGAUGCUCGGGCGCCAUUCCGUCCCCAGGAUACAGCAUCCGACCACAGAAAAAGGAGGCGAAGACGAGGAGGAGGGGAGGGGAAGCAGUGGCUGCUUGUAAGCCCUGGCUUCCCUUACCGAGGAACCGAAACCUCUAUUUCCGCCUCCCCCCUCCCCCACCAGCCACUUUCCACCCGCUCGCCGUGGGCUGAUGUCGCUGUUGCUGGAGGGAAGUGAAAAUGAAAUCGACUUUUCUGAGAACUGAUGAAAGCAGCGGAGCCUGCCAAUGAACGGCUGCGGCAAACUUCCGCACCCCUUUCUCUCCUUCCAGCCCCCACCUCCCCUUCUCUCGCUCUCUGCACAAACAGGCCUGGAAGAGGAGCAGGAGGAGGAGGAAGGGAGGGGGGGAUUUCCAAGACUCAGCUCCUCGCGGCUUCCUCCCCUUGUUUUGCUUUCGAUCUGGGCUGAUCUCCGCCAAAAGCAGAGGAGGAGGGAAUAACUUUUAGUUUUGCUCCCGCGAUUUAUGCAGCCGCCUGUUUUCCUUUCCAUUUUGCGUCUCUUGGCAACCGCGAUAACCUUGAAGGGAACUGCCAUAAAUAACGCGAAACAAACUUAUUGGUAAGGCAUUUUUUUCUAAACAAAAACCAAAACCCAAAUAUUAAUCCUUUGCAGAUUAGGCGUUUCUCUCCCCGCCCUCCACAUGAUUGAGACGCUUGCUUGCAGAAAUGUUGCUAUUGAUCUCGAUUGAAAACAAAAAUAAAAGGCCAGCGCCGUUGCGGGUCAUAUGAUUUUAGGUGCAGCUACUGGUAAGAGAAUGCAGGGCUUUUAAUUUCACUUUUGGAUUUGCAGAGGCUGGGAAGGGAUCGGCUGGAAGGACGCGUUUCUCUCGCUGGUUGUGGGGCUCUGAAACAGGCGGUUUGCUUAGGGGGUUGCCGGAUGGCGAGAAAUAGCAGCGGCAGAAACAAAGGCGAGGAGCGAUUGCGACGGGGCGGAAGGGAGAAAAUAAUCUGGAUUUAGGAGCACAGAAUCUGAACCGAGCCCAGGAGCACCUUGCUUGGGGGACGCGGAGGAAGCAACUUUUAUUUUCACUCCCGCGGAGGUUGACGAGAGAAGCUAAUGGAGCUGCUGAGCUGGUGGACACUUGUUGUUUUCGAUCCCGGAAUACGUUGGCCAUGCGGAUAUUAUUUCUGGCAGCUGACCAGCCUCUUCGCGGGCGUGGAAGCUAGGUGAGCGAGCGAGGGCCCCCAACCCUGCAAUACACGAAGGGGAGCGGUGCAUAAAACCGGGGGCCGGGCGGGGGAAGGAUUUCUCUUCCCACCUCGGGGACUUUGAACCCAGCCAUGGCGGGGCAAGGCCCGUUCUGGUAGAAAUCGCUUUGCCGAGAGAGGAGAGCCGGGCGGUUCCCGGGGCCCUGCGGCUGCCGCUUCCUAUAUGCUUUUCCUUUCCCUCUCGGUGCUGUGAAAUGAGGUCGGGGAGGGGGGAAUUGGGCUGGGUGGUUUCGUAACGUGUGCUUGGUACCGAAGGGCGCCGUGUGCUCUUUUUUUGCCUUUCCCCGCAGAGGCCUUGCGGCUGCCAUCUCCACUCUCCCCUGCCCCUCCCCGAGAGGCUGUAUGUAAGAGGAAGAACCAGGCAGGGAGGCGGCCUUGGGAUGGUGCCGGAGAGAAAGGAAGGAAAUGGCCACUUCCCGCCCUUAACUAGCAACUGGCGCUUGGGGGGGGGAGACACACCUGGAGGUGCCACUCUGCCAGCGGCGGCGGGGGGGCAGCCCCCGCCUCCCCCAAAUACAAGCGUGACCCCCCCCCCCGCGAAGUAGGUUGUUGGUUACACAAGCCUGGCUCGGCCACUUCCUUUUCUCCUCCGCCUCAGCGGCCGGGUCAAGCCGUGACGUGUCUGCUCCGCUUGGCCAAUGGGGAGCCGGCUUCGAGGCAAUAGAAGGCGGCACUGGAUACUUCUGCGGCUCGAGGCGUGGGAGGAGAAAGGCGAGACUAGGUGCAUUUUGUUCCAGGAAGCUAGGCUUAUCUGGUGCAAGGGCUGCCAGAUAUACCCCCUUUCGCGCGCUAGCCUUACCCGUUUUUGCUUGAAGUCAGGCCGAAUAGGUUGGAACCCGACGUUUUUUGUUUUUUGUUUUUUGCCAAGGGAUGGUUAAUAUUCUAGGGCAGGGUUUGGGGAAUCUGUGGGCCUCUAGGUGCUGCUAAACGGCAACUGCCAUCAACCCCCCAGCCAGCAUGGCCAGUGGUCAGGGAUGAUGGGAGUUGGAGUUCAGGAAUAUCUGACGACACAAGGUUGAGAAAGGCUGUUCUAGAGUGUCACAGCUGCCUAUGAUGGCUGCCUUUGUUGGUCAUUGUGUUUAGGUAAAUGCACUUGGGGACGCGGGUGGCACUGUGGGUUAAACCAUAGAGUGUAGGGCUUGCCAAUUAGAAGGUCGGCGGUUCGAAUCCCCGCGACGGGGUGAGCUCCGUUGCUCAGUCCCUGCUCCUGCCCUCCUAGCAGUUCGAAAGCAUGUCAAAGUGCAAGCAGAUAAGUAGGUACCGCUCCUGCGGGAAGGUAAACGGCGUUUCCAUGCGCUGCUCUGGUUCGCCAGAAGCAGCUUAGUCAUGCUGGCCACAUGACCCGGAAGCUGUACGCCGGCUCCCUUGGCCAAUAAAGCAAGAUUAGCUCCGCAACCCCAGAGUCGGCCAUGACUGGACCUAAUGGUCAGGGGUCCCUUUACCUUUACCUUUUAGGAAAGUGUACCUUAGAACAGAAGCUCUAGUUAGCAAAUUCAUGGUGCCACAUGCUCGAUUUUACUCUGGUUUAAUUAAUCUAAAAUCAUUACCACCCCAGUUUAUGCUUUGCCACUUUUAAAGGAUUUGUUCUAACAACCUUAGAUUGUGGCAUGGCAGCCCCUUUGCUCACUGGGAUUUAGCCGUUAAUUUUCAUGUGCAGAGGCAGCAGGCAUACACAGUGCAGAGCAGGUCUUUUGUGAAAACCCAGUGUGCACAGAGUUCUGUGCAUGUCUUGUAUGUGACUGUCUCUAAGGAGACAGCUAGAAGUCAGCAGUGGUUUCCACACUUCAGGAAGCCAUUAGAAUUUUACAUGAAUUAAAAUUUGAUAGUCUGUAAACCUGCAUUUCCACUUUUCACUGAAUCAUGACACUGAAUACAAAAGAGCCAUUGAAGUGAGGGGCAUAAAAGUAUAUUGGCUAUGAAUGUUGCAAUGUUGUAUGCCUGUGAUAUCAAAAUGUACGUUGUCUGCAAAAAUUGCUCAGCAUGAAGACUAGGCUAUGUGAGAAGUAAGGAGAGGGGGCUUCUCAGUAGUGGCACCCAUCCACCUUUGGAAUGCCCUCCCAUCAGAUGUCAAGUAGAUGAGUAACUAUAUAACCUUCUGAAGACACCUGAAGGCAGCCCUGUAUAGGGAAGCUUUUUAAGGCUUAAUGUUUUAUUAUGUUUUUAUAUAUGCUGGAAACCACCCAAAGUGGUUGGGGCAAUGCAGUCAAAUGGGCGGGGUAGAAAUAAUAAAUUAUUAUUAUUGUAAGGAACACAACAACUCAAUUCCAGUGAGAGUCACUCAUUGAAAUCAAUGAAACAAGUUUUUAAACAGCAAACUUAAGCCCCAUUAAUUUCAAAUGGACUUAAGUGCAACUGACUUUUACUGAGUGUAAGGAAGUCCUGGUCUAAAGGUUAUUUGGAACAUGGGGAUUUUUGGUGUUCUAAGUCUUUGUUUUGGUCCAAGUUUGAUUUUCCCUAUCCCUAAAUUGUAGCAAAUUCCCUUCAAAAGAGUGGCAUACUUUGCAUUGGGCUGUCUAGAAAUCCUAAUUUGAGGAAAUAAUACCAUUUUUGAAAAUCUCAGUCUGGUUCUCUUGGAUCCCAGUGAUCGCAUAGGAAAAGGGCCUAUCAUUAACUUUUAAGAUUCAGAUAUUCAUACCAGCUCAGUUAGUAUGCAAAUAUAAACAUAGCCAAAGUCUUGGGACAAGUACUUUUUAACUUGUUCACAAAUUAACUAGAGGUAGGGUGAGUAGUGAGGUAGCCAAGUUUGCUAAAGACUUCAAAUUAUUCAGGGGAUUAAAAGACAAAAAGCAAUUGUGAGGAACCCAGAAAGGAUCUCACCAAACUGGGGAAUGGGUAUUAAAAUGGCAAAUGCAGUUUAGUAUGAAGUGAUAAUUUACUGGAGUAAAAAAAAACUGCACAUAUACACUGAUUGAAUGUGAACAAGCAGUGAUGCAUAGGUUGGUGAAAAUGUUGAUGCCGUGUGUUGCAGCUUUGGAGGAGAAGGCAAAUUCCUUUUUUGGAAAUUGUUUGAAAAUAGAACUGUCAAUAUUAUAGUGCCUAUUUACAGACUUUUGGUGUGACCAAACUUAGCAUACUGUCCGCAGUUCUGAUCUCACCUCACAAUAUUGAGCCAGAAAAGGGCAGUCAAAAACAAUCAAGGGGCUGGAGCAACUCCUAAGAACAUCUAGGCUAGCAUCCUGUUCUCACUAUGGCCAACAAGUUGACUAUGGGAACCCCGCAAGCAGAACCUGAGCUCAAGAGCACUCUCCCCUCCUGUAUUUUCCAGCAAAUGGUACAGUCAUACCUCGGGAUGAAUAUGCUUCAGCUUAAAUAUUUCCGGGUUGCGCUCUGCGGCGACCUGGAAGUAACGGAACACAUUACUUCCAGGUUUUGCCGCUCGCACAUGCACAGACGCUCAAAAUGACGUCAUGCGCAUGCACGGAAGUGGCGAAACCAGAUGUGCAGUUGCAUCUUGCAUUCGCUUCAGGAUGCGAAUGGGGCAUCCAGAGGUGCCACUGUAUUCAGAAGCAUACUGCCUCCAACCAUGGAAGCAGAGCAGAACUCCCCUCUUAAGGAAAGCUUACAAUGCUUGGUUCUUUCUGGUUUUGAAAAAAAGAUGAGUAACAGGGGACAUGAUAGAGGUUUAUAAAAUAAAACCAGGUCAUCCAGUGAUGCUGAAUAGUAGGCGAUUCAGAGCAAACAUUCGCUACUGCAAGAUAUCAUGAUGAUCACUACCAUAGAUAGCUUUAAAGCGGGAUUGGGCAAGUUCAUGGAAGAUAAGGCAUAUUGAUAGCUCCCAGUCAUGAUUACUAUACAUUACCACCUGUAUCAGUCAGGAUGCCCCAGGUGCUGUUCAGAACAGUGCAGUAACACUGUUCUGCUGUGGCUUUCUUGUAGGUGUCUGGUUGGCCACUGGGGGAAGAGAAUGCUGGACCUGAUGGCCUGGUCGGACAGGGCUCUUCCCACAUUUUCAAAAUAAAUGUGGACACUGGGACAAGUUUCAGUUAAUUACACUUCCUAUAUUGUAGCACUGACGCCGGUAAUGGCGCAACAUUUCUUGGGGCAGAAAUUGUGCUUGUACUGAAGAAUGGCCAUUUUAAAAUAACGCCAUGGGCUAUUUUCAAGAGCAUUAGGUUAGGGAUGUAUUGUGUCUCCCCAUCCCAUCUCAAUUUAAUAAUAGUCCUGAUUAAUUUGUUGAAAACUAGACAUUGCUCAGCUCUAGCUGCCAUCUCGUAAAAUAUCAGUGUGGUGUACUGUACAAUAAAACACAAAACACCAUUAAAAACAGUACAGUUGGUAGACAGCUGCCAAAGCCAGCAAAAAUGUGUGGACCCCUUAUCAGGUGCCACCAGACACUGCUCUGUGGGGAGAAAGAAGCAUGUUAUUUUAACAUGCAAUCUCUUUGGCCACCUGGUUAAAAACCCCUUCCUUCCUGGAGAUAGAUCAUAUAGUCACAUCUCAGGUAAUUUGCUACUUUCGGAAGCAGUAGUGGGGAACCUGCAGCCCUCCAGAUGUUGUUGGACUCCCAACCAAUUCCCAUCAGCCUCACCCAGCAUGCCCCAUUAAUGGUCAGGGAUGAUGGAGAGCAACAUCUGGAGAGCCACAGGUUAGUCACCCCUGCUUUUACGGUGAGGGAGAAUCAGAAGGAUACACCUGCAUCUGAAAGUCACACCAAAUUGAGAGUUCCCUUUAGGACAUAAGGGUGUUGCGUGACACCCUUCGAAAACUUGGAUCAUUUGUGCCACAAAGUAGUGUGGAGUUGGAUAUAGAUUAAAAACUAUGGCUGUUGUUUUCACUUGCGUGUAGAACUAUGGUCAGAUUUUAGAAACGGCUUUGUGUUCAUUGCAUGUAGACCAGGGGUCAGCAAACUUUUUCAGCAGGGGGCCAGUCCACUGUCCCUCAGACCUUGUGGGGGGCCAGACUGUGUGGGGGGGGUGAACGAAGUCAUAUGUCCCACAAAUAAUCCAGAGAUGCAUUUUAAAUAAAAGGACACAUUCUACUCAUGUAAAAACACGCUGAUUCCCGGACCAUCCGCGGGCCGGAUUGAGAAGGCGAUUGGGCCGGAUCCGGCCCCUGGGCCUUAGUUUGUCUACCCCUGGUGUAGACAGAGAAGGGACUUGUUUAAUUUAGCAGCAUUUACUCUCAAGUAGAUGUGCAUAAGCUUGCCACCCAUAGAGGGUCUUGAUUCUAGUCACAAUGGGUUUACCCAGAAGAGCAGGGACUCUCAAAAGUCUCCAGCUGCAGAAGCCUCAUUCCAUCCAGAAAUACUUCUCUUGUUGGGGCAUAUUGUGCAUUAUUAGCCUGCUGGGCUGCAGUUUUAGAAACUAUUGCAGCUUCCAAACUGCAUUGAUGCCUGCUCUGCUUUACUGGCACAAGUGCUUUUCGGAGCACAGCCUGAGUUUGUUACUUCAUAAGCAUGAGUCAUUCUUCCAGUGUUAAACAAGAACAAAAUGUGCUCUCAACAUGAUGUUCUUUACAGUAAGGUACUCUUAGCAUCAAUGAUUUGUUAAAACACUGCCUACUGCUGUAAUGCUGAAUGCUGCUUAUGAGUUUUGUUUUCUGUUUAAGGGCACUUUUGCCAUGCUGCUUAUGAAUGGGGAGGAGGUACAGGGCUGCCAAUACAAUUCUGAAUGUGUGAUCUCUGUGCAAAGGGGAAACUAAUAGGCUGGGCGGCUGAAAAGAUACUUGUGGCGUGUCCAGGGUUUUGUACAUGGCCAGUGGGUUUAGAAAAACAAACUUGUGUUUUUGUAUCAACGUUAGAUUUCCAUGCCAUGUCACAAACUACUUUGGAAAGUCCCCCCCCUCCGAGUAGCCAUAUGAAAUGUGCCACUUAUGUAAAAGAAGUCUGCAAGUUCAAAGCCUGUCCCCAGCCAGACUACAGAAUACUAUUUGUACAAUUAUUUGCAUACUGACCUUUUUCUUUGCAAAGAUAUCUCAGAUUAUGAAGUAAAAAAAAAAAAAGAUACAGAGAUAGAUGCUCAAACGGUGGUCUGUGAACUCUGUUCUGUGGUCUGCGAAAAGGUUGUACAGUCAAGAAUAUCUGUUCUUGGCUGUGCCUGUGUUUUAUUUUUUAUGAUCAUGGAGGCCUUUUGAACCAGGGCUGGAUUAUCAAAUAGGCUAACAAGAUUCUGGCCUAGGAGCUGUGAUUUUCAUAGAUAGAUAGACAGAUAUAUCUUUAUUGUCAUUGUCCCAUGCAGGACAAUGAAAUUGCAAUAGUAAGAUAUAUAGUAUAUAUAUAUAUAUAUAUAUAUAUAUAUAUAUAUAUAUAUAUAUGAUAUAUAAAAUAGUAAGAUGCUGGUGCAGUCUACUAAUUUCCCUCUAAGUAUUUUCUGAAAUAGUGGUCUAGACUAGGGUCCCAUCUGCACUAUACAUUUAAAGCUGUAUGAUACCACUUUAAACAGUCAUGGCUUCCACCCCAAAAAAUCUUUAUUAAGAGUGCUGAGAGUUAUGACGAGACCCCUAUUCCCCUCAAGGAAGUAAACCCAUGUGGUUUAGCAGUCAGUCUCUCUUCCCAGGGAACUCUGAGAAUUGUAGCUCUGUGACAGGAAUAGGGGGUUCCUAACAACUCUCAGCAACCUUAACAAAUUGCAGUUCUUUGGGGAAAGCCAUGACUGUUAAAAGUGGUAUGAUGUCAUCUUAAACAUAUAGUGCAGAUGAGGAAACUCCUGCAGCUAAGCUGGUGUCUAAUGUAUUGCUCUGAGGCCGAGAGGAGGUCUUCUUGUCUGGGUAGCCCAGGACCUCCAUACACACUGCCCAGGCUUGCGCCCCAGGAAUGUCAUUUGGGUUCUGCCAGUGCAGCAGUUUGACUUCACCCUCAGAGGCACACUCCAUUGUCUCUCGAGGCAGAGAGAUGCCGAUGACUGCCUUAAACACAUAGUACAAAUGAGGCCUAGUUGUCAGAGCAGUAGGCAGGAUAGUCAGCGACCAUAAAUAAUUGAUUGGUGGUUGAAAACAGAAUGUUGAAAGAAAUCCAAGAAGUUUAUUUAAUCAUGUAUGGACCACUUUCUUUAUACUGUAUAAAAUAUCCAAAAGUGGUUUAUAAAAAUAAGCAGCCAAAAAUUCUUAAAUCAACAAAACGCCAAGGGCUCUAAAACAAAACAAUUCCGUACACAUAUACUGAUAAUAUAAAUAAACAGCAAUUAAAAAAAAUAUUAAAUGUCCAACCUAUAAAACUCUUAAAAUAAACAGUACUAAAGAUAAUGAAGACAGUGACAGCGAUGACUCCAGUGACCAAACUUGAAAGUGAGACGACUGAGUGACUUCACAGAGCUUUGCUCACAAAAGCAGACACAUCCAUAAGAAGCAGACACAUCGCAUAAGAAAGGUAAGGGUGUGGUUACUAAAAUCUAAAUUAGGCAUGUGCUUUGAUUUUUAGAAGGGAAAAAAGUUUCCUAAGUGGUCCACUGAGACCCCAGUAAUUUUUCAAGUAAUAUUUGAAGGUGGAGGCGGCGGCAGGGAUUUUGAGAAACACUGUUAGUUUAUUCUACUUCCAAAUUUAUGACAUGUCUACACAUACAUAGGACACACAGCCCCUCCACAAAUAUUUGUGCAUCAAAUACGGGAGCAAUUGGCAUCCUCAUCAGAGUGCUGAGCUAGGUAAAGAACUGCCCUGAAAUCUACGGGUGAAGGGUGGUAUGCAAGUUUAAUAAAUAAAUAAUGGGGGGAAAUAGAAAAAGACCCUGCACUAUGUCUGCUGUACUUUACUUUUUUCUACUGCCAGUUCUAAAAUUGGUGGCUUCCUGGUUUGGCAGAAAGAAUUGCACGGGGAAGCUUUUCCAGGGCUUGCCACCCCUAGUUAAAAAAAUUGUUUUACUCACACGUUUGUAUGGUUCUAAGAUCACAAUGGGGAGCAAGUAGUUCCUUUUGUUUUGUUUUCUCACCCAUCGGGUUGGUGUUACGACUCGUGUGUCUCAUAAAGUUGAAUUGGCAUUUUAAAGAAAUGAAGAUUGCAAGGCAUUCUGCCUUCUCAGAAUGCUACAUUUGUGAUUAACAGUACUCAGAAGGGUGGGUAAUAUGUCUAAGGGCAACAGAUCUCAAAGAGUGUGUGGCUACCAGUCACACGUCUACUCAACACCAAGUGACACUGUAGCAUAGCUCCUGAUUCCCACAGUCAGCCCAUGCAGAAAUCUCCACUGAUGAAACCCAAACAUCAAAUGUUUGUAACAGUAGAACAAGCUUCAUUCAUAGUGAAGCUGCUUAGUCAUGGGGAAGUCCAGCACACCUUGUCAGGCAAAAUCCCCCUUGGCAGGUUGCAAAAAGGAUUAAUUUUGUAAUGUAUGAGACUGAACUUUUCCCUUUUCCCUGCCAUAUGUGUGACAGUUGUGCAGUUAAGUUCUCCAUUGUAAUACUUAAAAUCACCAGUCUGUAAUCGCAAGCAGCCUACUCUAGUAUAACUCCAUGUGCCAGCUGACUUGGUGACAGCCAUGCAUGCCAGCCAGAUGGAGAUGCUAAGCUUCCUUGCAAAAGGCUAGUUGUCUGUUGCAGAAUGCGCCUGGCACCCGACUAAUUUCGAACACUGUAAGAUGAGCCAUUGCUCUGAUCCAGCAGGCUCUUAUGUUCUUAUGUUAUCAUGUGUAACUAGUAUAAACACUGUGGGGCUAUUACCCUGGUGUUACAGGCAGAUGCACUGGUAGAUGAAGCUGUAUAAUCAUGCUCCAACAGAAAUUAAGCCAUAGCUCUCCGGUACAUUAAUACAUUGCACAUUGACUAUAAGUUAUAUAUGUGUGCAAGAACUCCAAACUAAAUCAUUUAUAGGAGUUGCGGGAAACCUUUGGCCUUCCUGAUGUUCCUAAACUACAAUUUCCAUAAUCCUUGGCCUUGCUUGCUGGGGCAGGUGGGGAUAGUAGUUCAACAUCUGGAGGACAAAAGGUUCCCCAUACCUGGUUUGUGGCGUGCCGUGUAAAUUUUUGAGGAUCUUUGAGGGGGGGGGGGAAAUAGCCUCAUUCUGUAAUAGUUAAAGGCACUGAAUAUCAUACAUAUCCCCUGGCACAUGUGACCGAGUAUUACUGCUUCAUUUAUGUAAAGCUAAAACCAGCAACAAAAAAGUAAUUCACACAUGGGAAACAGAAAAUAAAACCCAUAAGAAAGUUUGCACAAACAGCCAGGGGUUCAGUACUACAGUGGCAGGCACUGCUUUUGCAAUAGCCAAGUAAUGGUAAUCUCCUGCUAAUUAUGUUAUUGUUGUUGUUGUUAUUUGCAAUUGCAAAAAAAUGUUUUCAUUAUCCUUUGGGAUGUGGUUCAGAGUGUUCACCUUUGCAACUCAACAUUACAGCAGGGCUUGAGUGACAGAAACAAAGCACAAAUGAGCAAGUACAAGCAAAUGUCAAAAUGCCCACUUUGGAAAGUCUUGUGCUUGGGAGAUUUCCAAGUCCUUAAAGGUGAAGAGAGGGAUAGGGGUGGGGAACUUCACUUUCUAAAGAGAUCAUCUUUAUUUCCAGUUGUCUGUCUAGGCACAGGUGAUCUGUAGGUGGGAAUGUCUGCACCCCAAAGCCAUGGGUUAAUCAUGCUGAGAACUGGAGGGUUACAAAAUAGGAGAGGUUUUUUAUGAACAGCUAGAACAACCCCGCCCAGGUAAUAAAACAAACUCUUUAAUCAAAUAUCACAUACCUUUAUUGCACUGAGCAAAUAGACGUUGCUCAUGAUUACAAAGAACAGUUUUACAAAAACAAAGAUUACUAUGAAUAGCAAGUACACCUUGUGAUUGUGACGCUUGUACCUCAGAUACUUGAAAUCUUGUGCUCAGGCACGUUCCACACUAAAACAUUUGGUGUCUUUUUUCUGAUUUCUACUCAGAAAUGAAAACAUACUCCCUGUCCUUUUAUAAUACCACUUAAAAGGAGGUUAAUGAAAUGGUCUUUUAAGAACCGAUUUGUUCUUAGCCUCAACUUCUGUGUAUUCUAAAGGGAGAAGCUGUGCUUGAAAUAUUAGCAUACUUUUCCUAAUUGACAUAUGAGUGCAUUCUGUAACCCAAGUACAAAUCGUUUUGUAACAUGCAGCUAUCAGAAAAGAGCCCAUAAACAAUAAAAGUAUCAGUGGUUUUUUUUUUUCUCUUUUGCCAUGACUGCAAAUUGCAAAAUUCAAAUGCGUUGCUUUGAAUUUUGGACUGGCUUGAAUACUGCUUUUGUUUGUUGAAGGUGAGAGAGUCAGUAUGACAGUCUCCUGAAAAAAAUGAAUAUUCUACCAGAUAAAUCUCUGAAAACCAUCAUGUGCUUUUACAGAAUUGGGCCCAUUUAUUUUAAUUCUUCCUGCUUUCAGUACACAUAAUUUAAGUGAUACCUAUUAAAGGUAUCCUUUGUGAUAUAAACUUCUAAUACAAGAAUUAAUAUUUAAUUCUGUUGUAAGUGUAAGCAGCAAUUUUUCCUCUGUGCAGUUUUGGCUUCCAAAUUUCCCCAAUACCCCAGGGCCUUCCAGGAGUUCAUAAAAGAAAGGAACACUCUUAUCUCCUAUAUACAUAUAAACAUAAGGCUGUCAUCACACAGUUCUUUUCAUUGAAGGAUUUGUAGUGCCUCAUCACAAUCCUGGAUUUGCAUGAAGUCAGGGCUGGGGAAGUGAGCAGAAGAGAAGGCAGGGUGCACAACAACAGGGUCUUGGCAUGGGAGUGAGAAAGGGGAGACACUGAGAGGGGGGAAGUGGUGCUUUAGAACAGCGGCACCAGGGAUGGAGGAACACAGAGGCAGUUUUAAACAACAGCUGAGGUUUGAAUAAAGCAAGGAUGUAGGGACACAGGGUGCUUAGAAGUUGCAGUUUGUGGGAGGAGGAAGAUGCAGAAGGUUACUGUGAGUUGGUUUGGGUGCAAGUGGGGCUGCAGAAAAGAGAAACAUGGCUUCAGAAAUGGGCUUAGGAAGGUGAAAAGUCAUCUUAGUACAGUGGUACCUUGGGUUAAGAACUUAAUUCGUUCCGGAGGUCCGUUCUUAACCUGAAACUGUUCUUGAAGCACCACUUUAGCUAAUGGGGCCUCCCACUGCCGCUGCGCCGCCGGAGCACGUUUUCUGUUUUCAUCUUGAAGCAAAGUUCUUAACCCGAGGUACUAUUUCUGGGUUAGUAGAGUCUGUAACCUGAAUCGUCCGUAACCUGAAGCGUAUGUAACCCGAGGUACCACUGUAGUCGCAUGAGGUGGGAAGGGAAGUUCAUAGGGGUUAAUGCGGGAAUGGCUGAGUGGUUGGUGAGCAGAGGGAGCAGGGACACAGCCCCUAGUUAACAAAUGCAGUAAUAGGUGCAAUGUAAUUUGUUUGGUUUAGGGAGCUCUCAUUUCUUUCAUGCAUCUUGUCACAGAAUUCAUGUGAAAUAUGGCCUGCCAUUCACGAGAAGGAUUAGCUAAAGUUUCCUAGUAACUGCCUAUGACCUUAUUGUCUACUUUCUCAGUCAUCGUUAGAUGUAUUCUUGGUGGGUUCAUUUAUGUCUUCCAAGUACAAAUUCCUUUUGCUACCUUUGGAAGCAAUAAGAAAGGGGUUAGAUGAGGGAGCGGAACGUGUGGCCCUCCAGAUGUUGCCUGACUACAGCUCUUAUCAUCCCUUACCAUUCACCAUCCUGACUGAGGCUCAGUCUAACACUAUCUGGAGGACCACAGAUUCCCCACUGCAGUGUCUAGGUGAUAGGUAGGCAACUGCUGGUUUGCAUUCUGUUGCUUUUAGUCUCCUCCCUCAUAGACUGUACUGGUCAGGCAAUAAUGCACAAGAGACGUGGUUUAUUAUGGACUAGCCCAUCCUUCUUACAUGUCACUUUGAAGGCACAAAGUUCAUCGGUCAGGGGCCCGUGAAGUUGUUACAGUAAGUGCCACCAGUGCUUUUUUUUCUAAAAAAAAUGUUUAGGGGUACUCUCAUUUUCCUACUCAUAUUGAAAUACUGCCCCUCAAUGAGGCCAAACUUAGAUUCACAAAAUGUUUAGGGGUAUGUGUACCCCUGCGUCCCCCCAGAAAAAAGCACUGAGUGCCACACUUUUAAACAACAACAAAAGAGAGGUGCCAGUACUGUGUACCCUUGAGUACCCCCUGAAAACAAAGAAGCACUGGGCCCAGCGAUGGCUGGACUGUUUUACCUUGGCUCUCCAAUAGCAAAAAAUUUUCUCAUGUAACUUUUGGGUAGAACCUGUACAAGCAUGGAAAUAACUGAGGAGCUACAUUUCCUGGGAAAAUUAGGGUCGCACUAUGCAGAGUCAGUAAUGAUGAGUCACUUUUGCGAAGGCUUCGAAGGCAAAAAGAUUGUGUUUUUCUUUCUUGGUUCUAUGGCUCAAAUUAAAUUAAAACCAUCCACCCAGUCUUAAUUUUUUCCUCCCAUGCCUUCUUAAAUGCACAUUCAGGAAGCGCCAGAUGAUAGCCAUAUAAUUUACUAAGGAAGUUGGGUCAAAGUUCAUACCUUUCUUUUAUAAUACAAGCAGUGGCCGAUAAAUGCAUGUCCAGUUUACGCGUGACCACGCAUGUGUGCCUCUUGGCGACCUGGAAGUGGCUGGAAAAGGGGGAGGGGGCAUAACACGGUGGGCUUAUGCGUGCUCUGCUGCCAUGCGUGAUGACCCAGAACACAACCCCUGCACAAAUCAGGAGUUCCCUGUACAUUGAACAUGUCUUAAGUAUACAGGUGAUUUACAGUCACAAAAUAUACAUGGUUAAGCUAAGGUGGAUGUGUAUGUGUAUGCAUAUCUUGAAGAUGAGCUAGAUUUUUAAGGGUCAUCUCUUAUUUCAGAGCAUAACUGAGGAUAUCGCCUACCUUUUAACAUCACAUCUGCCUAGAACAGAUCAGCUAACCUUUAUUCCAUGUUCCAACUUUGAUCUGGUCACCGCUGAACCUAAGCAGAUCCUGGCUAGUUGGGGUGACUGCACUGCAGGAUUGUGGAUUAGCAUUGGUGGAAAAGAUUGCAUACAUGCAAAGCUCUGAAAUUCUUGAGAAGUACCGUAUUUGAUGGGAAGAAGCUUGGGGGGGUGUCUUCACAUAUGUAGAAUUCUUCUUUAUUAUCUGCUAGGUUUUUUGGUAGGAUGGAAGUCUUCUUUUGUUUGUGGUAGAAGGCUGUUCUUCAUUUUUGUUCAAAUGAGAAAGGAAGGGUUGGAGAAAGACCUGGAAUCAGUGAGUGCAUGUAGUCUCUCUUUCCUUGACAAUGCACACAGGCACUGACUUAGAAUUUAUUUUAUGCGCCAAGAGCAUACGCAUGAAGGAACACAGUGCCGUUCAGCUGCCUAGCUUCUCUGUAGUACUAAUGCGAGUGCCAGAACAAGAAAAGCAAUCCACCUUUAAUGAGGAAAUUGCGCUCUGGAGGCUUGUCUGAAUUAGGAAAACAUAUGAAAUGUUGUAUAUUUUAUCUCUCUGCACACUUUGACCUCUUCCUUGGGUGUUGCCGUUCCUCCCACCACCCCCAAUCUUCACCAGCUGCGUCAAGUUAGAUGAAGGCCACAUUGGGGAAAAUGUCAAAAUGUGCUUCAGAGUAGCUGACUGGGGCAUUUUCCAUGUGUGGAACAACUGAGCUCAGAAGCAUGCAUCCAGCCAGCCAUAAAAUAUACUCAGAAGAUUUAUAGGCAGUUUUUUCAAGUCUUAAGACAAUGAAGGUUUCAAGGGUGUUAUCUCAGUAUGCUUAAAUGCCUCUUGCUAGCUAAGUUUUUAAGUGGUGAGAAAUGUAGUCUAGCAGCUAAAAUAAGUGUUCAGGGGGGUGGCCUGCCUUCCUGCGACAUUUGUCACUGGUCACUCUCAUGUAAGUGGGAUGGGGUGGACCAUAAUCCAACUUCUAUUGUCUCCCCAGAUGCUUCUUUCUCCAUCUCUCCCUUCUAGCCUUAAAUGGCCUGUGAGACGUAUCACAUAGAUAGGACAAAAGCAGGAGACAGACAGGUAAGUGCAGAGCUCAGCUUUGCUGUAUCUGUAAUCUGAACAGACCAGGCUGCUAGGACAGCUUGCAAGAUCACAGUGUUAAUGAAACAACUGCACCAGGAAAUGAGUUGGGAUCCAAAGCACACAUCUUAGCAAAGGAUGGUAUGACACCCCCCCUCCAGCUCACUUGCAUAAUUAAACAACUGGCUGCAUUUUGAACUACAUGCUUAACAUUUCUGCACAGUUUUGGUAACCUAGUGGUUACCAUAGAAUUUACAAUAGUGCCCGGAUCAUCAUAUUCUAGGAGUGACCAUAACUAAAGUACCACCCUAAGUAGGUAUGAGGCACUUUUGGCCACGAUGACCACCAUCUGAGGAUCCCAGAAGCGUCUUGCCCUAGGGUAGGUGUGGGGAACCAUUGGCCCUGUAGAUGUUGCUGAAUUACAGCCCCACCAUGGGCACCAUUGACCAUGCUUGCUAAGGCUGAUGGGAGUUGUAGUUCAGUGACACCUGGAGGGUCAAAGGUUCCCCUCUCCUGCUCUGGGGCCUAGGCAAGUGGCUCAUUGUGCGGGAAAUAUGCUUCAUAAGGCAUAUAUUCAGAUCUUGGCAUAACUUUCCUCAACCUGGAAACCCAUACUCUUUAGUGUGCAAUUAGGAUAAACAUUGCAAAUUUCCAUACAAUAUAUUUUAACUGUGCACUUUAUUCUGGAUGUAAGGGAGAGUCGUGGUCAACGUACAUCCAACGGCCAGAACUUCCUUGUAUUUGGUGUUCCUUAAAAUAGGGCUGGUGCUGCUUUACAUCCUGGAAUAGCUCCAGCUUCUGAACAGAUCCAAGUUCCCUGAAUCCUAUAAUUAGAGUACAGAUUCAUCUGAGCAAUUCUAUCUGGUCACACAAGAUAAUAUCCAGACUUAUGAAAUGAUUGUGAAUCUGGAGAGGAAGGCUGAGUUUGUCGCUGCUGCUUAAUUUUGAAAAUCACAUUUCACAGCUGUAGAUUUAGUGUUUUCUGUUAAGCAGAAAGUUGUACCACAGAUGUGAAGGGAAAGCAGUGGAAACUGAGGCUUAUGAGCUCCUAUUUCACCUGACUUCUGGCAACACCUGUGGUCUUUGGCCCAACACCUGCCCCUUCGUCAUGUCAACUAGAGUCAGCUGUCUAAACUAGGAUAUUGGCCAGGCAAAAUCAAAUGGGGAACAUUAAGCAGGAGCAAGUGGAUGGGUGGGGAUCUUGUGAUAUAACAGCUCUAACCUUGAAACGGAACCCAAGAGAAGAACUGGUAAAAGGCUUGCUGGCUGCUGAAUUUCUGUUCGUAUACUGCAGGGCAGAUUAGGUUUCACGAAUCCAGCAUGAUCGCAGGCAAAGCCAGAGGAAACUGGGCCGGCCCUGUAGUCUGGCAAGGCUCAUUGGGGCCCACUUAAAAGUAGCUUAUGGAAGUCUUCUCCAGGAGGAAGUGGGGUUUUCCCUGCUUGGGGUUGAGGAACAGAGAGCUUAUCUGCUUCAUUUGAUUCCUGUGAAGGAAACUCUUGUGCGGCAGAGCUCUUCUGUAAACAGCACCUGCCUGUUCAGGGAGAGAGGAUACUACAGGUUAAUACAGAAACACUGCAUUGUGUAAACUGAUCCUUCUUUGAAUAAGCUGCUGCUUCUGCCCUGACAGCGAUUCCUGUUACUGGGAUGGUGAAGAAUUUGCUGCCACAGUCAUGGGUGUGAGUUCUUACCGGGAAGUUACGGAGGGCUUUCGUUGCACACGGCUUUCCAUGGAAAUGUGUUCACAGGGGCAAUAGAGGCAUGUGGCUUGGAACCCUUUUGCAAUGCAAGAACCUGAUAUAAGUAUGUGCUAGUAUGCUGUGCCAAUUAGCUUAAAGCAGUGAUGGCCAAACUUGGCCCUCCAGCUGUUUUGGGACUACAGCUCCCAUCAUCCCUAGCUAACAGGACCAGUGGUCGGGGUGAUGGGAAUUGUAGUCCCAAAACUGCUGGAGGGCCAGCUUUGGCCAUCACCACUGGCUUAAAGUGUGGUGCCAGUCCCACAAAUCCUUGCUUUAAAGGGCCUGAUCUGGCCUAGUAUAUCUUUUACCAGUUGUGACUCUUACACACUAGCAUAGUUUUACAGUUUGCCCAUCUACCUGAAGAUAUCAGGUACUUUAAGGUAAGGGCAUAUGGCGUGAAAAUGGCUACAAAACUUAGAGGCUAGCUCGUAAGAUGGCAAAACUUACUACGUUAUCAUGGAGGGUGGAUAUAGAUAGAUGUCGUUACUGCAGUGUUUCUACUUAUAACAUUUUUCCAGCUGCUGACAGAAAUUGAAACUAACAUAAGCGAAAUACCAGGUCCAGUUUCAUUUCUAAUUUCUUCUCUACACCAGUUUCAAUUUCUGUGUUGUUUCCAUUUCUGACAACAUGCUCAGCCCCAGAAGUUGCACUUUCUGUAUGUCAUAAGAGUUGCUAGCCAGCAAAGUUGACCUUAAGGUUUACUUGAAUUGUUCAGAGCAGUUUGAUGAAAACUUUGUGGAUGCCACAGGGAUAGAGCAAUUCCAGAUAUAAAAUCAGUCCCAACUGAUUUUACAGUCUUUUAUAGCGCAUGAAUAGGCGCAGAUCUGCUAGAAGGUAAUAUCCUUUCUCCAACUUAUAAUAUCUAUCCAACAUCAAAUGCUCUUCUGCAGGAAAGUGGUUUGUGAAGCAGCAGCAGCAGCACCCUGCAAGACUGAUCCUUCCACUGUUGAGUGGGGACAAGGAUCCUGUGGGGCAGGGCAUCUGGCAGGGAGGAGAGUUGUGUCUUGGGCCUGCCUUCUGCCAGAAAGAUGCCAGUGCCUGUCUGGUAAGACUUGGCCUUUUUUACACAUUGCUUGCUCCUCCUCCUUCCUGCCCAAUGCCUGACUCCCUAGCAGCCUCCUGUUGCUCAAGGCCGAUCCAAUUUUACUUCCAGUGAUAACGUGUCUGGGUACUAUAGCCUGGCGAUAUAUCAGUAAAUUGUCUGAAACCUGUAUGGCAUGGGUAGGCAAACUAAGGCCCGAGGGCUGGAUCUGGCCCAGUCGCCUUCUAAAUCUGGCCCGCUGACGCUCUGGGAAUCAACAUGUUUUUACAUGAGUAGAAUGUGUCAUUUUAUUUAAAAUGCAUCUUUGGGUUAUUUGUGGGGCCUGCCUGGUGUUUUUACAUGAGUAAGGUAAAGGUAAAGGGAGCCCAGACCAUUAGGUCCAGUUGUAGCCGACUCUGGGGUUGCGGCGCUCAUCUCGCUUUAUUGGCCGAGGGAGCUGGCAUACAGCUUCUGGGUCUUGUGGCCAGCAUGACUAAGCCACUCGUGGCGAACUAGAGCAGCACAUGGAAACGCCAUUUACCUUCCCGCCGGAGCGGUACCUAUUUAUCUACUUGCACUUUGACAUGCUUUCGAACUGCUAGGUUGGCAGGAGCAGGGACUGAGCAAUGGGAGCUCACUCCGUCGCGGGGAUUUGAACCGCUGACCUUCUGAUCGGCAAGCCCUAGGCUCUGUGGUUUAACCCACAGCGCCACCCACGUCCCUUUACAUGAGUAGAAUGUGUGCUUUUAUUUAAAAUGCAUCUCUGGAUUAUUUGUGGGGCAUAGGAAUUCAUUCCCCCCCUCUUCAAAAUAUAGUCCGGCCCCCCACAAGGUCUGAGGGACAAUGGGCCGGCCCCCUGCUGAAAAAGUUUGCUGACUCCUGCUGUAUGGCAUUCAGAUUGCAAUACCGGUUUCAGACAUUUUGAGCUGGCAAUACAUUGUGGUGGCCAGGGAGCCAUGAUGUAUUCCCAGUUCAAAUUGCCUGUAGACAGCAGAGGUGGAGGCAGGCAAGCAGAUGGAGCCUGCCUGCGCCUUUGAGGAAGCCCCCUGACCCUCCAGCUCCAGCUCACCUGAGCCGGAGCGGCUCCACUCAGCUGAGGGGAGAAAGAAGCAGCCGAGAUACAUUCCAGACAUUGUGAUAUAGCAUCAUAUCGUGGCAUUUAGCUGCUGCUAUAUCACAAUGCUGAAAACCAGAUAUUGCCCAGCCCUGGUGUGUACCCAACCUGUCCAAGGCCCUCCAAAUAUGCCCACUUCGGCUUAGGCCUCGACCCAAGCCAGUGCACACCCCUAAUAUACGUUUGUUAAAAGAGCAUAGCACUUAUUCUGUCUGGCAAAGUAUGCUCAGGUCCAGAAAAGCUUCCAGUUUUUAAGGUACUCCAGCAUGACUUCAUGCUGCAAUGCAGCUAUCCUCUUGCCAUUUGAUUCUGCUGAUUUGUACAAAUAAUCUUUAUGCUAGAGCCAGACUUUCUGAAGCAUGGACUGUUUGAUCCUGUGGAGAGGUACAAGAAUAAACAAAAUGUGUGGGUGUUGCUUCAUAGAGAUUAGAAGAAAUAAGCAUGAUACUUAGGUUUUGCCAUAUAGAUAUGCUCCAUUUAGGAGAAGUACUAUCUCAGACUGUACAAUUGUGAACAAUUUAUUUCAAAGCCACACUCCCUUAUGUGGUUAUAUAUGUGUCCUCUGUUGUUUCAUUCAUGUGCUUUUGUUUGUUUGGUGAAGUUUGUUUGCUAAGUCAUUGGAGGAAAGGCUCCUGUGUAAACUACAGAUUGGACGAGAUAUGUAAGUUAAUGGAGGUCUGUUUUCAUACUGUAUUCUCUAGGGUGUGGCGUGUGAUUGUCAGCGGUGUUUUAGCGGGUGAUGGUGGGUGCGUCAAGGUCUGCUGGCAAUUGACUGAUGCAAUAAUUGGGCGAGCUAUUGGCACUUACAUUCAUUGAGCGUGCAGACAAUUGGUGGAUUCGUCGAUGUGCGUGCGAUUGGCUGUGGCGGUCUUGCGAUUCCUCCCCCCAAAAGCCCAAGAAGUCUGGGUAACCCCCCCCCCCGAAAAAGCUCAGCAACUGUGGGCAAUCCCCCCCCAAAAAAGCUCAACAACUCUGGGCAAUCUCCCCCCAUUUUCUCAUUUUUGAGUCUCCAAAAAGAGGGGGCAUGUUACACAUGGAAAAAUAUGGUACAUAUACAUGUGUGCCACUUGAGGAACCAGGCACCAGCCUCACUAUGGAGCAGAAGACAUCUGAAUGCUUUGGGACCUGUAGGGGAAACAGUUGGGAGAUCCAUGUGGGCAAAAAGAAUCUAAUCCAGGGGUCGGCAAACUACGGGCCCCGGGCCAGAUCAGGCCCACCAGGGUUCUAAAUCCAGCCCGCCCAGCCAUUUAAGAACCCACUGCAAAGCUGAGACUCCUGGCAAUGGUGACGGGAGGAAGAGGCCGAGCGGCAGAGGCUCUGCCAAUCAAAUGCUGCGCUGAUGUAAAACAGGUGUGGUGUUUGAUUGGCAGAGGCUGCGCCACGCUAAGGUAAACCAGACGCAGUGUUUGAUUGGCAGAGCCGCCGCCGCCCUGGUGCUCCUGUGGCUGCUGCCACUCUGCAUCCCCAUGAGGGGGGUGGCAGUGGCAUUCCUGGAGGAGGACAGCUGGUCCAGGCUAGGGCUUGGCGGGGCCACCACCGCUGCACUCCCAUUGGCGGCCGACGUGAUGGUGGAGGGUGAUGAGGCCGGCAGUGAAGUAGCCCAGGGGGCGACCUUCACCUCCGGGGAGCAGGAGGGCAAAGGGGCGGAAACACCCGCAUGGGGCAGCAGCUGCAGGUGAGGCACCAGCUUGUCCUUGUCUCCGUCUCCAUGCUCCUUGAAGAGGUGUACCAGGCAGUGUGCGCUGCUCUCGGCCAGCUGGAUACAUGGGCAUCCUUUUGUUUAAAAAAACAACUGGGUGGGACUGAGCUGUAGUCUGAUAGCACCUCAGUUGCAUUUAUGCCGCACCCACUAACUUGCAAUUGCUUGCAAGGUGGCUAAAUCAGAGCUAGUUGUUUGAAAUUCUCACCUUUGCCUUUGUUUUGUUUGUUUGGCCAGGGUUUGAGAGGAUAUCUAUAUGCCCAACACAGACCUUUUGAGCUCGACCUCCCUCCCUGAACCUAACUAUAUCUUCUGCCCACCACACCAUCUGUUCUGGGGGUGAAUGUGCAGAGAUCCUCGCACAUCGUCAGGUGUGUGCCAUGAUAAUGGAAGGAAUCUUGCCAAAGCAUAGAGAAGGUGGUGGCCGCAGUGUUGUGCCACAGCUGAUAGGCUCCUGCGGAGGGAGACAGAUCCGGCGGCUGCAGGAUCCUGGAAUUUGGAGGAGGGUACAGUGUCUAACAUAAGGGCUUUUUCUCCUUUUGGGGGGUGCAACGGUGGCAGCCAUGCCAGUGCAGCACAUGGGUUUACACUUGGCACCCUUGAGGUCUUUCCUUGGUGGCCUCUGAACCCACCCACCCACUGGUCCCUUGGUCAUAAGGAUGGUUGCCAUUUUCUCCCUUGAAAAGUAUAUAGAGCUGAAGGAGGGGUUUAGAAGACGGAUGGUCUUUCCCGCUUCCUCUUUUUGCCCUAUGUGUUUUUCAAAGCUCAGAUUAAUUCUAAAGGAUCUGACUUUAAAAAACAAACAAACUCGGAUCACUUGGGAAAGCAACAUUUGCUUGCACACACUUUCUGUGUGUGUCUUUCUGUUGUGUGGGGCUGAUCCAGGGGAGGAGGGGGUUGAGCACCGACAACGCUUGUUCAAAAAUCCAGAUGUGCCCAGAGUCCUAAAAAUGUUGAUGAUCCCUGGCUUACUUGAAAGCACCUGCUCAUAGAAGGCUAGUCUGUUUUGUUCAUUUACGUCAGCACGUUGUUUAUUUUGUGACAAGAAUUCUGCCAUGAAGGUGCCAAAAGGCUUUUGUAUAUAAUUCCACGUUGCUUCCUUCGUUCAACAGGAAGAAACUGAAUGGCUCCUGGCUGUAGAGGAUAACGAUUGCAUCUCUUUCUUUCUUUACGCAACUCACUUAAUCCUCUUGCUAAUAUAUUUGCAUGUAUGCGGGCUGUUUCUCAAGUUACAGGUAUACUGUCCUAAAGGUGCUCGAAAAAGCAAUGGAUGCUUGAGUAUAAAGGACCCGUCUCAAAUUGUAGAGCCUCUAAAUUCCAGUAUGGCUUCUUCCCAUCGAGCAGUUCCUCUGUAUGACGUAGGGCUGGGCAAUAUAUCAAUAUAUCGUCCAAAAUCUGUCAGAAGUCCAUAUCGUGAGAUUGGUUUCAUAAUUUUUGACCUGGCAGUGUAGUGCAAAUCAUCGUGCGUGCGUGCACUAUGCCAAAAUCACAAUGUGGGGGAAACAGUGAAGCCAGUCAAUGCAUCUCUCGUUUCCUGCAGCCCCUGUUAACUCUGCCAGCUCGGCUCUCCCCUGCUUCAUGCAGAGGACAGCAAAUCAAAAGAGCAGGUGCCGAUUAUGAUGCAGGAAAAACUGUGAAGCCAGCUAGUGCCUCUACAUAGUUCCAUCCUUAUUUCAGACAUCAUGAUAUAUUGGUAUACUGUGAUGUUUAGCUGAUGAUACAUCACGAUGUUGAAAACCAGAUAGUGCCCAGCCUAGUAUGAAGUAUGCUGCUCAAAGACUAUAGUCAGGUGGUUCUUGAUUGGCUCAAUAAUACUAACAAAUCUUGCUACGGUAUAGGAGGCUAACAUGUUGUGGUGACCAUCCCUGUUGCCAGUUAAAAGGGGCAAUCCUGUUUCUUCCCAGUGUAGGGCACCUUUCCACACACAUCAUAGCAUGCUGUUGAACUUUUGGAGUCCUGCUCUUUCUUCUUCUUUUGUGUUUGUACACAAGCCACAGUUGCUGAGGUUGCAUGUAACCCUAAACUGGUCAGGCAUGAGCAGGAAGGACCUGCUGCAAGGCUUGCCACCUUGCAUUUAUAGGUUGAUAGGUGGUUGGUAGUUAACCCAUUCAUAUAAUUAAUGUUGUGAGUGAGAUUCUGAAUGACCAUUCUGAUCUGUGUCUUCGUGUGAUUUAUGGAGACAGAAAAUUAUUUCUCCGCACCACCUUGCCUUCUUUAUGGCAGCACAAAUGGGAGAAAAUGCCAGAGUAUUAAAGGAAGGGGUUGGUAGUAAAUGCUAGAAACUUGUGGUGAAGUUUGGAGGCUGGAAGUAAGUGCAGGUGAAGCUCUGGCUUCUUGUUGCCUUCGACUGCAAUGCAAAGAGUUUGUUGGAGGCUGCUGGUGAAUGAAACUGCGAAGGCCUAGGCAAUUACAUAGUCAUUUACGUCAAGAGAGGACAUGCUUCAGACUUGUAGGUUCUGCUGUUUGUUUGUUUUUUACUAGCACCCUGAGAUCUACCAACCAGAGCCAGGUGCAAAAGACAUACACGUGUAAUUAAAGAAUGCUGCAGCCCAGGAAUUAGUUUUAAUUAGCCAAACUUCAACUGAGCUCACUGUUUGUCCUCACAAAACCACUCCUGGUUAACUCUCCUCCCUCAAUCCUAGGUAUCUUUCAUUUUCAGCAGUAUAAUUUGGGAGUGAGGACUUUCUUUGUUGUCGCCAUAAUCAAGAGUCAGAAAUGCUUGCUGAUCUACUUCAUGCAGAUCUGUACCAGUAGAUCCCACUUUCUGAGUACAGUGGUACCUUGGGUUACAGACACUUCAGGUUACAGAAUAAUACCUUGAGUUAAGAACUUUGCUUCAGGAUGAGAACAGAAAUCGUACUCCGGUGGUGCAGCAGCAGUGGGAGGCCCCAUUAGCUAAAGUGGUACCUCAGGUUAAGAAUGGACUUCCAGAACGAAUUACCGUAUUUUUUGCUCUAUAAGACUCACUUUUUCCCUCCUAAAAAGUAAGGGGAAAUGUGUGUGUGUCUUGUGGAGCGAUUGCAGGCUGCGCAGCUAUCCCAGAAGCCAGAACAGCAAGAGGGAUUGCUGCUUUCACUGCGCAGCGAUCCCUCUUGCUGUUCUGGUUCUGAGAUUCAGAAUAUUUUUUUCUUGUUUUCCUCCUCCAAAAACUAGGUGCGUCUUGUGGUCUAGUGCGUCUUAUAGAGCAAAAAAUACGGUAAGUUCUUCACCCGAGGUACCACUGUACCUCUGCUUUCCAUUGUUGACGCAACAACUAUAUUGCUUGGGUUUUAAUUCCUGAUGUAUGAUUUGCAUACUCUAUAAUCAAAAUAAAUGUCUACUGAAAAAAGAUUGAGUAUUCUGUCAAAGAGAAACAUCUUCCUUCUCUUAGGCAAAUGAAGCAGUUAAUUUCUCAGUGUCCUGUACCUGCACAGUGAUCUUUCCCCUCUUUGCUAUUUUCCUCCCCACAAUUUCAAAUGAUGUUUGAUGGAUUUUUUUGUAGCAGCUGUGGUACUAAUUUCUUGUGGAAAUCAAGCCCCUCCAGAAGCCAUCAGGAUUUGGUCAUAGAGAACAGUUAUAUCUAUAUAUAGGGAAAUGUUUUAAUAAUUGCUUAAGUUCCAUCUUUGAGUAAGCAAAGAAAGCACAUUUGAUUUCUUCUCGAAAGGCUUUUCUGGCUCUUGCAAUCCUACCUACCUGAAUCCCACCUGUAUUUGUUGAUGAGGCCUGAAUUCACUUCUAUAUUUAGCCAUGAUCUCUCCAGUACAGCAUACCAUCCUGCUUUCUUACAGUAUGACUUACUACCCAUUUAGAGGCAGAACGCAUUCCUAAUUCAUGAAAUAUAUGAUGUCUAAAAUUACAUUGGCUUCAUUUUACUGACAUAUUACAUUGCAGGUUCAUCAUUUAUUCUAUGGUAUUACUUGCUCAUCAGUCACUGUUACAGAAUAUGAUAUUGAAUCUAUGAUUGCAGCCUUCCAUAAAGUAUAAAGCAAAUAAAAAUAGAUGAGUGUAUUUCAUCCAAAGUGUAAAGUGCACAACAACCUGAUACUCCAUGUUUACUGAGAAGUGAGUCCCAUUGACUCAUGCCGAGUUCUCAAAUUAAGAGUGCAUAGGAUUACAUGCUUGCUCAGAAAUCCCCCUGAAUUUAAAGCGACUCACAGCACAAUCCAAGGCAUGUUUACUUAGAAGACUCAUUACGCCCAGGUAAUGUAAUGCCCCAAUCCUACACAUGUGGCCAUUGAACAUGACAGGCUUUGUUUUGAGUAGACAUGCAGAGGAUUACAGGCAAAGUGUCAUCAACUUCUGUUGGGAAAAGUUUAGCAGAUGCUUAAGUCUUUCAGUAAAACUUGUGAGACUCAAGAGGUACAGUGGUACCUUGGGUUAAGAACUCAAUUAGUUCCGGAGGUCCAUUUUUAACCUGAAACUGUUCUUAACGCGAGGUACCACUUUAGCUAAUAGGGAUUCCCGCUGCACGAUUUCUGUUCUCAUCCUGAAGCAAAGUUCUUAACCCGAGGUACUAUUUCUGGGUUAGCGGAGUCUGUAACCUGAAGCGUCUGUAACCUGAACUUCAUUUUUAAAUUUCAGCAUAGGUACAUGGUGUUGCAGUGAAAAUCAUCUCCAGUGAACUGUUAUAAAAUACAAUAUAGUGUAGAACAAUUGCUUGUAAGAUAAAUUGUCGGGAAGGUCUUAUCAAGAAUGCCCUCCAAAGAAGUAAACUGUGAUUAAAGCCUUCCAAGGCAGUCCUAGAGAUUGGUUCUCCUGAGGUCAGCAAAGUGGGAAGCCAUGCAUUGCAUGGGCCUGCGCUGUAGGCAGAGCCUUUGUUCCCAAGUUUCAGGUUGAAUAUUACCAUAAAGUUUAUAGAUAUAUAUAUUUUACAUUAGCAUUAUAGAUAAUUUCACUUCUGUGUAUAAUGUAAAGUAGUGGUGGGAAUCAAGAUCUGGUGAGUGGGCUGGAUCCUGAGCUUUGAAGGCAGCCCUGUUUAGGGAAGUUUUUAAUGCCUGGUGUUCUAUUGCUUUAUUAUUAUCAUUAUUAUUAUCAUUAAUUCUGUUGGAUAAUAAUACUACUAAUUAUUAUUAUAAUGUGACUCAACUGCAAAGGAAGAAAUUGGGAGUUCACUCUUAAGUGUGCUCCUAAUUCUUCCCUUUAACUACAUCUUGACGUUCAAAGUGCAGCUUGAACUUUUCUGGACUUGAUGUCAUAUACGACAUAGGAAAGGAGGGUGUGCGUGUCUUUCUGAAAACAACAUGGCAGCCCAACCCACGAGACCUAAUAAGGUCCAUGCACCAGAGUUUCCCUGCUACUGAUGUAAAGGAAACACACCUGGCUUGUCAAAUAAUUGAGCUGCGCUUUCUCUUCUUGCAAAGGUAACAAUGCCAGUGGAAAGAAUGCGAAUGCGGCCGUGGCUGGAGGAACAAAUAAAUUCAAACAAAAUACCGGGUUUGAAAUGGCUAAACGAGGUAAGGCAUGCCUGUGUUUUUAAACAUUAUUAUGGGCCCAUGAGGUGAUACAAAAACAAGGAAAGCACCAGUUAAAACCAAACCAUUGUUUAAACAAAACUAAGGAAUGGAAUUAAAAACCCAUCAAAAGCCAGGUGAAAUAAAACAUUUUUAUAGCCUGCAUGAAUCUAAGCAAAGGGAGAACCAACCUGAUCAAUAAAGUAGACAGUUGAUACAUGGUACAUUCAUAAUGCCACAGAGUGAUUUGAUGCUAGAGGAAUUAGUCCAGCAUUAGCAUUCAUCAAACUCUAAUUUGAGUGUAACCAAAAUUGGAAUGAGUGUAACCCAAAACUGUGGUUUGCUGCAGGGUGGAUUUGAUUUAAAUUGAAUCGAUUUAAAUCACUAGUCAGCAAGACUUGAUUUAAAUCAUUAUUAUUUUUACAGAAAGACCCAUUCGUGCAUAAAUUUUCAGAGUAGUUUUUACAGUUAUCAAAAAUUACUGACUUGGUUAUACUAUUAGAAAUACAUAGAUAAUUAUGAAAUUAUUGUGAGGUUUAAUAAGUUAACUCUUUAUAUUUGGACAACGUUUCUGCUAUUCCAACGUUAUUGGAAGGAGAAAAAUAAUCAUAAGUAAUCAUUUAAACAAUUUAUUUAACUAAAACAAUAACAUUAUAGAAUAUGUAUCCAUGUUUGUUAACUGAUGUGUAUAAACAAAACUUAGACUGAGUUUUAGCACGCAUAAAAAACUUAAAACAAAUUCUUAUUUCCUGAUAAAUAGCCUUUGGACUAUAAUGUAACUUAGAUAGAAAAUUAUCUUUAGAAAGAUUUUUCCUCCAAAAGCAUUUUAUUUUAAAAAUCCGAUUUAAAUCAAAACAAUCCAAUUUAAAUAAAAGAAACUUUUUAUUAUUAUUAUUUUAAAAAAAUUAUUGAUUUUUAUCCACCCUGGUUAGCUGUAAACUGGGAAGUAAAUAAUUAUGUGGCAUAUGCAAGUGAAAAGGAGUGAGCAUGUUAGGACAGGGCUCAAUGCCAUAUGACAGACAUCUCCAACGUGUCGAUUGCGCGAUGGAUUUUUGUCGAUCACGACCCGCCACCCUCUCCCAUGGCCACCGGGUGCCCUCAGCAUGCGCUCAGCUGCAGCUGGAGCGACUGAGGCUCCGCUUAAGCAGGCUUGCUCACCGCUGCCGCAGCAAGCGCUCUGGCUGGCGCUGGCACCACCUCCGCCUCGCAGCUGCCUCAAGCACCCCGCCCAUCCAGCUGGCUGGCCUGGAAAGGUGUGAGGCCUGCCUCUGCCCCCUGCAAGCUGCAGCCCCAGGCAGGAAGGCAAAGACAAGGUGUGCGGGCUCCGCACAGACUGCAGUGCUGCAGAGGGAGCCACAGGAAGGGCCGUGUGAGAGAGAGACAAUGGUAUCCCUCCUCCCUCUCCCCCCUCCCCCUGGUUCCUGUGGAAAGAAAACGCCCUCUCCCUCCUAGUGGGAUGCUGAACUUUCCUCACUUUUCCAGCUCCAGCCUAGCUGCAUUUACUCGAAAGUAAGCUGCUGGCCCCGCUCCCCACAGAGCUCUUCCUCUGGUAAAGGGGGGAUUGGACAUUUUGGGGCAUGUUGACUUCCCACGUGCACCAAGAGCCCUGGGAGGGGAGGGGGCUGGUGUGAGGGUAAUAAUUUGUUAUUAUUUUUAUCAUCAUCAUCAUGAUUUAUUAUUUAUACCCCGCCCAUCUGGCUGGGUUUCCUCAGCCAAAUAUAAUACGUUUAAGUUGAAGAAUGACAAUGGGAGAGUGUGGUAGAUCACUGUUAGUUUUUGAUAUUGGAUACUAGAACGCACUGUUAGUUUUUGAUAUUGGAUACUAGAACGCAGCCUAAUGGAAGUUGGACAUGCCUGCCAUAUGACAUGUGAAGCAACCCAUACUAUUUUGGUUUCCAUAUUCAUGGUUUUCUGGGAAGUGUUAUAGCCUGCCUUAUUCUAUGAACUCUGAGCCAGUUUUAGUCAUUUUCUGUUCCCAGGGGUCCACACUGUUAAGUAAUUCAAGUAAUCAAAAGGCUUAGGAUAAGAGGCCAGUGAAAUUAGAAAUGUUUGCCUGAAAUCACAGUAAUGCACAUCCAAUAGUACCUCAAUUAGUUCACAGCUUUAAGUCAAAAGGAGGCACCUGAAUAUUUUGCAGCAUUUAGUAAUUUUGCUUAAUCUCAGUAAAAUCAACAGCUUUGACUUUCAUUCCAUGCAGAACAUUAUUGAGCCAGAAAGUGAGAAAGCAGUGAAAAAUAGGUUCAGGUUGUACAAAUGCUACCUGUUUUAUAAAGUAAGAAAGUUUAAGACUUCUGUAUCUGCAAGUUGUUAAUUGUGGUUGUUUCCUACUUGUUUUUCUGUUCCAGGAAAAAAUGAUUUUUCAGAUUCCCUGGAUGCACGCAGCACGCCAUGGGUGGGAUGUUGAAAAAGAUGCUCCUUUAUUUAGGAACUGGGCUAUUCACACAGGUAAGAGGAGCUCAGGUUUAUUGGGGCAGGUUUAUUGUGGAGGUUCUAUCUCUUCUUUCAGCGUUGUAGUGUUCUGUUUUGCUUUUCCACAUUUUCACCUUUACCCAGUGUCCCAGCUGUAGUGCAGUGAGCAGGUGGGGCUCUUGCAGCUACAAGGAUAUAGCUGCAGCUAUUUAAUCAUCUGGGGGAAACAGAUCCACACAUGCAUCCCUUUGCCUCUUCAGAGCUGCCCCCUCCAUUCCUGUUUAUGUGGCAGGGUCAUAAUAUCUAUCAGAGGCCUCUGUGCCUGGCAGCUCAUUGCUGAUUUGAUGGGCCAAAUGCGGAGAGGUUUGGAGUAUACUUGAGCAAGCAGCUGCUGUGUGUGUCUUACAGGGUGUCCAGAACUUCUCGGUCUGAUUGUAAGGAUCCCUGAAUAUGAAGGGUCCCUAAUUCAUAAAAAGCAACACUCUAGAGGUCCUGGGCCCUAAGGAAGUCAGAUUAGCCUCAACCAGGGCCAGGGCCUUUUCAGCACUGGCUCCGGCCUGGUGGAACGCUCUGUCUCAUGCGGAAAGAAAUCAGAUCCCGCAGGGCCUGUAAGACAGAGUUGUUCCUCCUGGCCUUUGGCUUGGAAUCAGCCUGAUCCCCUCCCCCUCUUUCCUUUUCCUUCUGUGAUGGGACCCCUAUUUGGGGACUUCCCUGGCUUUUUUCUGGCCCACGUAGGACCAGUCUGGCUAGUUGGCCUUGGUGAAGAUUUUACGUUUUCUCCCCACAAACAGUUUUUGAUCUGGGCUUCCACUGAAAUGAGGCGGCAUUUUAAGUUGUAUUUUAAUCCUGUUUUUAAGUUGUAUUUUAAUCAAUUGUUUUUAUACCUGAUGUUAGCCGCCCUGAGCCCGGUCUUGGCCAGGGAGGGCGGGGUAUAAAUAACAUUAUUAUUAAUAUUAUUAAUAUUAUUAUUAAUAUUAUUAUUAAUAUUAUAAUCAUCAUUAUUAUUACAGUGGUACCUCGGGUUACAUACGCUUCAGGUUACAUACGCUUCAGAUUACAGACUCCACUAACCCAGAAAUAGUGCUUCAGGUUAAGAACUUUGCUUCAGGAUGAGAACAGAAAUUGUGCUCUGGCGGUGCGGCAGCAGCAGGAGGCUCCAUUAGCUAAAGUGGUGCUUCAGGUUAAGAACAGUUUCAGGUUAAGAACGGACCUCCAGAAUGAAUUAAGUACUUAACCUGAGGUACCACUGUAUUUAUUAGCAUAAGGUGUGUCAUACCACGAAUCCCGUUUUUCUUUCUUUAUUAGGGAAGUUCCAGCCAGGAGUUGAUAAACCAGACCCAAAGACAUGGAAGGCAAACUUUCGAUGUGCUAUGAACUCCUUACCCGAUAUUGAAGAAGUCAAGGACAAAAGCAUAAAGAAAGGAAAUAAUGCCUUCCGGGUAUACCGGAUGCUGCCGUUAUCUGAGAGGCCUUCAAAGAAAGGUAAAGGAGAGGAACAUUGCGGAUAUUCUGGAGAUCGAGAGAGCCAUGCUGAUAGUGGGCUGCUUCCUACAUUAGUCAGAUUGUCUCCUUUAUAGCAGGCACACUUGGUCUUUAACAUCCUCGCUAAUAAUAAUAAAUUGUGCAACGUCUUCACUUCUGUGCCUCACAAAAAGAGCAAAACAUUAACAAAUAAAAACGCUUCUUAAUACAAGAGAAAUAUAUAUACAAAAUAAAUACACACUGGGCAAGAUUACCUGGUUGGCACAAGACUGUGUAUAUCUGCCUGUCAUGUGUCAGGUCAGGCAAGAUACUCACAGGGAUGAGAAGACAAAAGAUGUAGCAGUAGCUCCAUGGUUUUAGGAGCAACUAGUUUUUCCUUGAAUUCCAAAUUUAGUGGGGCAUCUUGCUCCUCACCCCAGUUGACGGUUUUGCAGGGUAAGCUGCAGGCAGUACUGCUGUCCACGUUUCCUUAAUUUCAUUACGGUUCGAAUAGGUAGUCUAGGCCAUUUCAAGUACCACGUAAAUUAUAAUUAUGAUCAACAUUGAGUCCAGUGACUUUCCAAGUUGGAGUAUGUUGGGGCUAGGCAGAAUUGUCCAGUCUUACCAGGAAAUGAUUGUAAAACAAUAAAUGAAUCCUUACAUUUCUACAGGAAAGAAACCCAAGGAAGACAAAAUGAAACAAAUUAAGGUAAAUAUCUCAUCAUUUCAUAGACAAAUUACGGUUGAUGAUUGGAAGAUGAAUGGAGAUUCAUGACACAGUGUCUUGCCAACCUGUGAAGAAAUUGGGUUUUACUGGUUGGUCUAUGUGGGUUUAUGGGGUUAACUGAGAUUCUAGCAAGCAUUGCCUCUACUCUUUCAAGCCUAUGUUCACACACAGGCUUAAGGGAUAGACAAUUGCUUUAAAAAGAAAGGAAAGCUGAAAACUUUUGUGCAGACUACUAUUACUGCACUUUUUUGUAUUCCCAUGUGAUCAUGCUGAAAUAUAUACAAAACCUUUAUAUCACCUACUAGGAAUGAGAGAUUCCCCUCAGUUGAUGGGCAUUUAAUUUUAUUCUUACCCUUCUCCAUCCAAAUAUGGAACAGAAGAGCUGUCCAAAUCUUACACUGAAACAAAACAAAAACGAAACGCAAAUGUUUCUGUCUGAAUUGGGCCUCCUAUCCUUAUACACUUGUACCAGCAGGAGCAGGUCUUGUAAAAGGCAUUUCCUUGCCUGCUUUCUGUCUCUUGCUCUCUGGGAGCAUGGAUUUUCCAAACAGAGAACAUGUGCCACUGAAACACAUUUUGUGGAUGCAAAGUUCAGGUGCUUUUCUAAGGAACUAAGAGGACGUGUUUACGUAGUGACUGGCUCUCACGAUUAUCCUGCAUUCUCUGCUCAUAUCACUAAAAUGCACUUGGAAAGCUACAAUGAAUAUUUAAUAGGAAUAAAUGUUUCAGGCAGCGCCUCACCCUUGCAACUCUGUAAUGUUGAAUUUUUCAUUACAAACCAUGCAUUAACAUUUCUUGGAAGGCACCUUGUGAAUUUCACACUUUGCUUUUAUGUAUGAAAAGGGCUGGGAAAGGUUGCUGUUUCAGUCUGAUCUUGGGAAGCUUAAACAGCCAUUCGGCUUUCAUUUAGGCCUACCAUCAUGGCUGAGAAGGGUGUGUCAGGGACAAAGGGUAGGGAAAGGUUAACGAAGGAUAGUCAGGAGAUACUGUAUUUUUUGCUCUAUAAGACUCACUUUUUCCCUCCUAAAAAGUAAGGGGAAAUGUGUGUGCGUCUUAUGGAGUGAAUGCAGGCUGCGCAGCUAUCCCAGAAGCCAGAACAGCAAGAGGGAUUGCUGCUUUUGCUGCGCAGCGAUCCCUCUUGCUGUUCUGGCUUCUGACAUUCAGAAUAUUUUUUUUCUUGUUUUCCUCCUCCAAACACUAGGUGCGUCUUGUGGUCUGGUGUGUCUUAUAGAGCGAAAAAUACGGUAGCUCUUCUGUAUACUCAACAAUCUUAACACACUUCCAUUUUUUUAUUUUUUUCCCCAGCAAGAGCCAGAGGAAUCGUCAUAUGAACUGAGUAAUGGAACAUGCCAGGGGUUUUCUGAUUACUGCUUAUCUCCAGCAAUAAAAGCUGAAGUCGACAGCACAAUAAACAUUGUAGGUAAGUCGCCCCAGCACAUUCCUUUUCGUAUCUGGUAAACUCUUACUGCACUAACUGUAGCCUUUAAAGUUCAGUUUCACUAUACUGUUGGUAACACGGUGGAAUUACAGCAACAGGAGUUCGUAUUUUGAUGUGCCUAAUAAUAUUUUGCUUUAUUUGAGAACUCUUAAGAACAAAUGUGGACAUGAAAUUUAAUGGUUUAUUUAGCUCGAGUGGGUCUCAGUAGUAAUCCUUCUCACCAGUGAAAAAACACUACAGGAACUUUGAAAGCACUUUUCAGCUAAAGUAGGAAUCCAGCAUCGUAACACCCUAACAAGGUGACGGGGAAGGAGAUGAAAUAGAAGAAUUUUUGUGGCUAGACCAUCAUUUUCCAUGUUAAACUAAGAAACAGGAAAUACUUUUCAUCAUGAAUGAAAGGUCAUUUUAAUUAUAGUAUAUUUCAUAUCAAGGGAAGGGUAAUUAAAACUGAUGCACUUAUUUGAAUGUUCUGGUAUAUACAUUAUGCUGGUCCCAGCAAACCAAGGUUUGCAGAUCAGGAAUUUGCUCCCCUCUCUUCCUCAUAGUCAAACCUUCCAUCUGAUUCCUAACCAAGUCCCCUCUUAACCAUGUCUUCAAACCCUGGUUUCAGAUGUUGGUUGAGAUGGGACAAGUUUAAGACUCUACAUAGUGUACCAAUCUUAGGGCUAGAUCUCCAGCCAUUGUGAAGUUACAGUCCAUAACAGUGCUUUUUGCUUGACUGUAAUGUAUGCUCUUUAUUAAUGCAGGCACGGGUAAUCAUCAUGAUUCUUUCUUGUUAUCAUGCAAAGUUGUAGGAGAUUCGCAUUUUGAGUGUGGUUCUGAGGAUCAUAUGAUAGUUCCCAAUCCACCUGAUGUUUGCCAAGUAGUGGAAGUGACAACAGAAUGUGAUGACCAACCCAGCAGUGUGAGUCAGUUGUAUCCACUACAGAUCUCCCCAGUCUCCUCCUAUGCAGGUAAGAAAGAUUGCACUCGCAAAAGAACUUGGGGUCUUGGUUUCAGUCAGUGCCAUGUUUUAACUUUUGGUAGGUAGGUGCUUUUCUUUUCUAUUUUAGAAUAGUUGUCAGAUUCUUUUAGUGCUUGGGUUCUGCUAAACACAGGUAUUAUUUCUUCUGAGAAACAAAAGACCUAAACCUGCUGUAAAACACAGAAACGAAAUACUUAUUAAAAUUAUCCUUUACAUAUAUGUUCAGUAAACCUCACUCAGUGUGCAAAAAAUAUGUUUUUAGCGGUUUCUGUUUUUAUCUGUAAGCCACCUUGAGUCCCUUUCAUGGGGAAAGGCAGGGUAUAAACAAGUAUAUAAUAAUAAUACACAAGUGUGCAUGGUGUCACAACCAAGAUGAUUGCAAAUGUGGCUUCUUAGGAAAAGCUCCAUUUUGGCUUUCACUGAGAAAAGUGGAGUAUACAUUUCAGUAUGUAUGCGUGUAUAAAUAAAAUUACUUGAGAUGUGAGGAAUGGGAACCGAAGGGCAAGAGGCUUUCUUACACAGGGUUCAAGAGAACAUUGUUUGCCUGAAUUGUCUCUGUGCUGCUGCAUCUAGGAAUUAAAGGCUGAUACAUGUACUUGUACAUGAAAUCCUGUUAUGUGACAGAGAAAAUUGUGGGAUGUAUAAGCUAUACCACAGACAAAGGCUUGGUUCUGGGGGACAUUAUGGAGCAGGAAACCUAAUACACUACCAGUUUGUGUGUGUUUUAAAAAGGCCUUGAGGCUGCAUGUUCUAGAUAAAUAUUAUCAAGUGAAAGAAGUUUCGUUGCUUCUUGGGUGUGGGUGCCGAUAGCACUGCUUGGAGGUCAGCCAGAAGAAUGUGCAAAGACUGAUGUAUGUUUAUGUCUGUAGCUCCAGAGGUGGUUGAGAAGGGGCUGUUGACCAUGCAGCAGGCCGGGUUCUAGCAGUGUCCCCCUUUUGACCCUCAAAUAGAAAGUUUUGCAUCCUCUUUACCAACUUCUGAUUCUAGUAUAAUCUUGUCCUAGUAAAGUGACUUUUUUUGUCUGGCACUGUUGUGGCAUUUCAGUGGUAUAGCUGCCUCACACUGAGUCAGACCAUCAACCUCAGUAUUAGCCAAUCUAAUUGGCUGCAAGUGUCCAGGGUAUCUGGGGGGGGGGUGGUCCUCUCCCUGCCCAAACUGGAGAUACAAGGGAUUGAACAUUGGGGCAUCUGAUGCUCCCAGCCCUUCCCCACAUGGAGUCGCUGGUUCUGGAGAAACCUCAUAAUGCUGACAUGGAAUCCAUGAUUGAAUAAGAGGAAACAUCCUGUUACAUGGUUUAUUGACAAUCAAUAUGUCACAUGUUUUCAGUAUGCAUAUUUUUAUCCACAGAAAGUGAGACAACAGACAGCAUACCAAGUGACGAAGAAAGUGCACAGGUAAGCAAAGGAAUAGAAUAUAUUUCAUGAGUCUUUUAUUCCUUUUCCCGCCCCCUUCCCUAAUAUGCUUCAGUCCAUUUCUUCUGUGAAUUGAAUGGUAGCAAGGUAGAGGUGUUUGUUUGCUGGUUUAGGAAUUUCUGCCCCUCCUUCCAUCUACAAAGGCCCUGGAGGCAGCCCACAACAGAAUAAAAAUAUACAAUAAAAUUAAAGCCAUAGCCAUAAGAUUAAAACACUGGUGUGGCAUUAGCAUAGCAGAGAGAAACCCAACCAUUAAAAUAAUCCAAAUGCCUGGCCAAAAAUAAAAAUAAAAGUAUUCAGCAUUCACCUGAAGACUGAAAUGGUGGGAGCCAACUAGGCCUCUUAAGGGGGAGGGAGUUCCACAGACUGCUAUCCCAGAACCUACUUCAGAGCAGGGCCACUGAAAUAACUGAGAUGGUUUUGGGGUGUUAAAAUUUAAGGAUUUUAACUUAAGAGCCAUUCACUUUCUACUCAAAAGCCCCCAGGGGUGUAUGCUGCUAGCAGAGGCAACCAUGCCAUGUUGCUCACCCACGUGGUAAAUAAAUAAACGCUCUGCUUCAGCCAAUGGCUAUAACCACUUUGCUUCAGCUUACGAUGCUGAACCGUCGAAGCAGUACUAAAAAUACAGCCAUGACGAGGCGUUUUCAUAUUUCGGCCCUAGCACAGCAGACGGUAUUUCUACACGCAAAGUCCCUGGGGGACUUUGCUUUGCAGCUGCUCCUUCUCCACGAGGGAAGUGGAAUCUCAAAGUUAGCACAACUCCUCUGGAGCGCCAGCCGCACACAAGCAGUUCUCAGUAGCAACCCUGUUGCUGGAGAAACCUUAGAAUUACUCCAGAGGCAGCAUUUUUCAAGCAUUCUAGCUCAGCUGGGCUUGCAAAUUGGGCCGAGUUGUGGUAGAAGUUGAUACAAUCAGUUCAAGGUGCCUUGGUAUCAAUGCAAAGAGUGUGCCCUUGCAUUAAUCUCCGGGUGCCAGCAUUGCUGGAUCAGGGCCUCUCUAGCACCCGCACGACACAGUUGUGCUGCACAACUGCUGUGCCAUGUCAGCAGAGGCUAGAAGAGGCCAAAGCUUCCUUACGUAGUGUUCUGGGGUGCUUUUUUUGACCCAGAACAGCCAUUGGGGCUGGUGUGUAUCUGCACCAGGUGUAGCUAAUUAUCAUUGAAAACUGCAUGUCUUUUUGCUUACCUUCACACUUCAGGAGUCAUGGUGUUUGCAAGUUAAUGCACUGCUGCAGCAAUCUGUAAUAGGACACUUUUUUCUCCUUCAAAAUGAGCAGUGAAGUCUUUCAGUUGGGUACUGCUACAAACAAACAACUGUGCAUAACAUUUUCCGACUAUGAAAGCUAGUUGUAGCUUGCUUGUUUGUCGUAUCUUGGUUGCAAGCUGCCACUUUUGGAUUUCCUGAGCUCACAUGUGGUUGAACACAAUGGCAGGAAGUUCUCCUAGCCAUGAUGGAAAGCUUUCUUACACAUGUGGUACCUGCAAAUACCAAAAGUAUUUCUGUCCAGCCUCACAGUCACUUCUUGUAUGAGAGAAAAAACAUUCUUCACUAUAGCUUCUGUAGCUGAUUUUUGUUGUCAACCCUGCAACUGGGCAGGUUAAGUCUUAAGUGUGUAUGUUUAUGUAUGCUUACAAUGUGUACUGCGUCAGUGAAACUCUGUAGACUUUCCUCCUUCACCACACAGAAGCUGGAUGGUCAAGGAGAGGGAGUGUACCAUUGCUCCACCCCUGACAUUGGCAUGUGCACCAGCUCCCUGACCACUGUGUAGUCGGUGACAGGUUCGAAUGGGGUGCCUAGGCAGUCAGGAACCCUGGGCAAUUGGGGGUUUCCGGUUGCCAUAAAGAAGCUACAAACGCACACCCAGACUUUCCCCAGAUGUAUGAAAGUCAGGAUGAUAAGAGAGUGCAUGUGGCAGUGUAGGAGCACUUCUGCCACAUGCUGGAGGACCUUUUAUCGCACCUCACUUGGCAUGGCCAAGCAAAGGAGCCUAGGGCCAAUUGUGCAAGGAAGGGAGUCAGUAAGGCCCAAAACAAACAGGUUGCAAUAUGGAGCACCGUUGAGGGAGAGAGGAAACUGCCUUGCAUUCUUGUACCCUCAACACUAUGACAACAGUCAUCCUACAAGUGUGGUUAUUGCCUCCUCUACAACAAAUGACUUUUCCAAGUGCAAGAGGUGUCCUGAUUAUGUUGUAUGUGGGAUGAAUAAAACCCUCUUGUCUCUUCUCUGCAGGGUCAUCUUCACUGGCAAAAGGAAAACGUUGGCGGCAAACAAUACUACAGCAACUUGGGGACCAGGAACUCCCCUUACCCGCUUCCUGGGAUGGCUACUUUUGUGACUUCCAACAAGCCUGACCUCCAGGUCACCAUUAAGGAAGAAGCCUGUCCCUUGCCUUACAACAGCUCGUGGCCUUUCCCAGAGCUCCCUCUGCAACAAAUCGUGUGCUCGGCUUCCACCAGCUACAGCAACAGCAACAGGCCACCGGAUCACGAGAACCGGGCCAGCGUCAUCAAGAAAACGUCAGAUAUUACUCAGUCAAGAGUCAAGAGCAGCUAAGCCACAUAAACGGGCAGGUUCUUGGCAGAUUCUCUGUUGUGGCUUUGAGGAGCACAUCUAAUGUACAUUCAGCAAACCGAAGAGAGAAGAGCCUUGACAGUGCGGAACACGACCGUGUCCAACUCCAGCACUGGAGCAUUUUAAACUCAGGACUCCAACCAACAGAAUGUAGACGUGAAGCUGGACAGAGGUCCAAGGUUACAGCCCAGGGAGAGGAAAGCCACCCUGGUAGAUUCCAAGGCUGAAACAAGAGGACCAAGAGCCCCUCCCCAAAUGAAGUUCCUCCAUUUCUUGCAGUUCAGGCCACAAUGGAACUGAAAACCUCGGAAUGGAAAGAAAAAUGUGAACUUGCUUGAUUUUUGUUUUUUUCCAGAAUCAGUUGUGAAUAUGUACAUAAUGCAGUGCUGUCCUAGCAAUACUGCAGACUGCUUUCGCACCUUAUUGAAAAAAAGAAAAAGCACUUGCAAAAAAGGCCUUUCAUUAUCUUGCUCUUAUUAAUGGCACACUUAAAGUCCCUUCUUCCCCACCCUCAACUUCGCUCUUUCCCAGGGCUCUUCUGGCUAAUGUCGCCUUGGAGUAUGGAAAAAGAAUCAAAUAGGAAAGUAAAACCUCCUCCUGUACAUUUCGCAGGUUGUUUUUAAGAGUGCUUACCUUAUACUUGUCUAAUCUGCUAUGCUUGAAAGCUGUGUGGUACAAUAGAAGAAAAUCUAUUACAGAUAUAUUAUGCAAAUUCCCAGGUUUUAAAGAGAGAGAGAAAUACUCUAAUUCUAACCAGAGUAAGCUUUUUUAUUUUUUUAUACAGUGGGAUAUUUUAUUCAAAGUAAAAUUCUAAAGUGAAUAUUAAUUGUUUUACUUUUUUAUCUUUUCUACAGCAAAUUUAUAAUUUUACAAUUCAGUGACUUGGUUGUCAGCAACCAUCGCAUCUUUGUGGCACAUUUUCUUUUUUUUCUUUUUUUCCCUUUUUUUCCUUUUUUCUUUUCUUUUUUACAGUUUGUAAAGGUGAAAUAGCUUUUAAUGAAUUUUAUGUAGCAAUCAAACUAUCCUGUGGAUUGAUAAUAAAUAUUAUAUAUAAAUAAGUUUUUAAAUAAACACGUUUUCUUUGGUGUGUGGGAUUUAAUAUAUAUAUAUAUAUAUAAGAUAAAACACUUCCCAAAGGGAUCGUGUAAAAAAGUUAAGGGGGCAAUUACUUUCAUGUUCUGAAAACAAAAGAUGCCAAAAUAUAUGAUGUGUGUUCCAUUGAUUGAGAGGCACUUUGGGGCACGUUCCAGGCUAUAGCAGAGGCAGGAGGAAUAAAUGAUAACUUUUGCUGGAUUAUAGCUGUUGUUUUUUAGAUUAGGUUAAGUGGAAUUUCUUAAGUGCUUCAGGUACAUUCGGUGUCAAAAGUUAUUUACAGUGCACAGAAUGCUUACCAAGAAAUCCUGCACACAGACCAGUUUUACUAAUUUGAGACAGAAGAUUUGCUUGAGAGAUACAGUUAGAACAAAUUGAAUGCUAAAGAACUAUAAGGUGCACAUCUAUAAGGAGACAGGUAACUCCUGUCUACAAAAGCCAGCAUGGUAGUUUAAUUUUGCAGUGAGGCAAUAAAAGCUGUAAUAAUUUCUGCUGGAAAUCCUGCUGCUUAGGCUUUCUGUUUUGGUAUCCCAUAACUGGGAUACUUCUUAAAAUCUGGCUUUCUUAACCACUUUAGAAACAUGGGUGAACACAGCAGUGCUAUUUUUCAAGAAGAAAAGGUGAUGGAUCUCAACAGCAAUGGUGCCUACCUGAGAGGGGCUGGGACUGAGUUCUGGCAGGUUCCCGCUGAAAGAAAAGCCCUGGAACAGAGAAUCCCAAUUAGUGUUAACUGUGGAUAGUAUCAAUGAAGAGAUUCUAGGCAGUGAGUCAAGGCUUGUCCUAGAUACGUAAAACGUAUUUAUACUAAAGUUCAGAAUCUGACUCUCGGGCAAUUCUCAAGGUGGCUUAUGACAAUAAAUCAUCAGUAACCAUGAAACCAAUACAUAAAUUAUUAUGAAUGUGGCUGCAGUUCUCAUGAUGAAGCAGUCGCCUUACUUAAAGGCAUUCAGCACAGGUACAGAUUAGACCCACAUUCGUUUAUGGUUUAUAUAAUAUAUGAAGCAUCUCCUAAAAUGUCAGUUGCUUGGGGUAUAGAUUAAUCUGCCGCAUAACCCAAAGUUUUCACACAUGAAGCGUAAAGCAUUUUUGUGCUACAUGAUGUCCUCCUCCCUCCAAAAAUAAAACCUAUCAAUCAGAAUGCU